AGAGGAGGAUGAGGGUUUCCUCAUGUAGCAGCGCCUAUGGCGUAGAAAAAUAAAAACCUAAUUUACCAAAUUCAGGCACAGAUUUUCUUCAUCUUCCUCUCUCUUCUGCAAAAUUCAUCUUCUUACACACUCUCAUUCCUCUUUCUCCGUUCGCAAAUCACUGUCAUUGUGCUCAAUUUCCUCACUCAAGCUAAAUCGUGUUUAAGGAUAUUGCCAAAAUGAACGACUCUUGGCUCUUGGAUGAAAUGCUUGAUGAUCCCAAGUUUUUUGAUUUCCCUAUGGAAGAUUUGGAACCUAAUGCUAUGGAAGAAGACUGGGCUGCUCAAUUUAAACGCCUUAACGAGCCGUGUUUUGAUGCUUUUUCAGUAGUAGCGCCACUUGGGCAUUGUGGCGAAACCCAAAAUGAAAAACCCCAACUUGGAAAGGGUUUCCCUGCUUCUUGUACUGGGAUUUCCCCAAUAAAACAACCUCGAAAGACUAGUGGACCAACAUAUGGAAAAACCAUUCCGAAACAGAACGUUGCUUUCAAUGGAAAAGACCUGCAUCGGUUGCGAACCUACAGUCCAGUUUCUGUUUUUGAAAGCAGUAGUUCCUCCUCAGUUGAGAACUCCAACUUUGAUCUUCCUGUCAUCCCAGCGAAGCGUGCUCGAAGUAAACGUCUGCGUCCUUCAAGCUGCAGUUCUCUAUUCUCAGUUCCUUUCAUCCUUAAUUCACCAGCUUUGCGAAAGCAUCAAAGCACACCUGCCUCUGAAUCAGAUUUAGAAACAGGCGAUGCUGAGAAACUACUUAACAAGGCAAAGAAACAGAGGAAAAAGGAUCUCUUCAUGCUUUCGGAUGAUGCCGAGAUGAAGAGAUUCUCAUCACAGGGUUCAGCUGUCCCCAGAAAAUGCAUGCAUUGUGAGGUGACAAAGACCCCACAAUGGAGAGAAGGACCUAUGGGUCCCAAGACGCUAUGCAAUGCUUGCGGUGUUCGGUACCGGUCGGGCCGCCUCUUCCCUGAAUACCGGCCUGCAGCUAGCCCAACUUUUGUACCAGCAGUGCACUCAAACUGUCACAAAAAGGUCCUGGAGAUGAGAGGAGCCAUUUAGGAGGCUGUUAGAGGUUCUAUGUUGGUUCCAUCAAAUCUCAGCAAAUUAUGUAGAAUAUUAUUAUGUUGCUUUUAUUUAUUGAGGGAGAAACAGUAGUCCAAAACAGGAUCCUCCUUUUUUAUUUUUUGUUUAAGUCUAAUGUUCUUAUAUUGAUUAGCAUUUUUUGUUUAAUGUAAA